GGUGUUUACGCAUUAUUGUAUUCGGUGUUCGUUUUGUGCUUGUUAUUAUCAAAUCAAUAUUUAUACAAUUUAUUUAUCAUUGUAUAUUACAGAUUUAUUAUCUUUUAAAUAGUUUCUAGAUUAUACUAAUCUAAUCAUUAUAAUUGUAAUCGGUAGAAUAGAAUACUAAUGAAAUUUAUUAGAAUUAAUGUUUUUAUUAUAAUCUUAUAAUUGACCAGUGUGGCCUCCGUUUGUGACAAUGAGAGAAUGCUUUGAUUUGUUUCCAAAUAAACAAGCUUUUGUUACUUUUGUAUUAUAUAUUGUACUCUUUGUUUUUCAAGGUGUAAUAGUUACUGCAUCAAAAACUGAAAAUGGUGGAUAUGAUUACAACACAACUCUUGUUGUAUUCCUGUCUGAAUUACUCAAAUUGGUCAUAUCAGCUAUUCUUUAUUCCUAUAGAAGAGACAACAAGCCUCAAAUUGUCAAGGCAAUUGUGAUAAAUCACAAACUUUUACUGUUAUACUUUAUACCAUCUCUGUUAUACUGUUUCUACAAUAAUUUGGCAUUUAUUAAUUUAUCACAUUAUGACCCAACUUCAUAUUACAUUUUACUUCAAUUCAGAGUUGUUAUAACAGCUGUGCUGUUCCAGUUCCUUUUCCAAAAGAAACUUGCAUUCAUCCAAUGGAUAUCACUAGGAGUCCUGACUCUUGGAUGCAUAAUAAAAAAUUUUGAUGCUGCUACUGUCCAAUCAAAAGGCGAUACUGAUUUUUGGUCUCAAAUAUUUAAUAUUUACUUUAUUUCAAUUCAUUUCCAAAAUUUUUGUUCUUGCCUAGCAGGAACAUAUAAUGAAUAUUUAAUGAAAACCAAAGGCUCUGAUGUAGAUAUAUUUUUACAAAAUGUUUUUAUGUACCUGGACUCUGUUUUAUGUAACUUUUUUAUUUUAUUAUUUAAAGGUGAGUUAGGUGGUGUAUUUGAGGAUUUUCAAUCUAUAGGCGAUACAUAUGUGAUAUUAAUUAUAAUAAACAGUGCCAUAGUUGGUAUUGUAACCAGCUUCUUUUUAAAGAAUCUUAAUUCAAUACUGAAAACUUAUGCGAGUGCGUUAGAGUUAAUAAUAACCGCCGUUGUGUGUUAUGUAUUAUUUCGUAUACCUAUUACAUCGUUUACAAUAAUGUCGAUAUGUUUAGUUAUAAUUGCAGUAACAAUGUAUUUUAAAAAUCCAGUAAGUAAUACUGUACCGAGUUCAAAUGAAAUUAGAGACAAAAAACCUCUUUUAGAAGUUACUUCGUAUAAAUAAUAAAUGUUUAAAGUAUUAAUGGGUUUUUAAAAUGAUAAUCUCAAGUACCUGCUUGUGGGUAAGAAACUCGUAUUUAGAAUACAAUUCUACCAUUUACAAUUUAGUAUUUAUAAAGUUAAGUAUAUCCUGAUAUUAUUAUUUAUAAGUAUUACCACUUUUAUGUAAAUAGGUACGUACUUAUUUAUAUCUAAAAUUUCGGAUUAUAGUCACUGCGUAUAUUUAAUUUUAUAAGUUAUUCUACUUCGCUUCCGGCCUUUACCCGCCUUGAUCUAUUACUGGUAAAUCCCUACUAAACUGUUAUAUCCAUAUACUAAGUCCCAUUUGUCAAAAUUGAAUACUGAAACUCAAUGUCGUUAAAAUACAAUUCAAAGUACUAUGGCGAAAUUCAUUUAUUUCGUGAAUAGAUUGUAUCGAAACAGGAAAUAUUUCGAAAUUAAGCCAAUAGUUUAUAAUUUAUAAAAUACAAUUUAAUUCGAGAACUUGAGAGAUUAAACCUAUAAAUUGCAGUAUUAAAAUGUAUAUGUACCAGAAUGAAAAUACCCAGCUAACGUCAAUGUGGAUACAGUACGUAAGUAAUGUUAAGAAAUACCAGGGACCUAAUUAUGUGACGACAUUAACAGUGCCCAAUUCUAGCUUGUUCACCAAGACCAUUUCAGAUUUACAGAUGAUAACUAAGAAGUUUGUAAUUGCUACAGUUAAAUGAUUCGUAUAUUAAUGCUAAACUGUAACUUUCAAUUCAUUACGACUGAAAAUUUUUAAUAACAUCCAUACAUAAUUAAGACCCUGACUGUGUUUACUGUAGAAAAUAUUUAUUUUAUUUAUUUUAUGAUGUAGAUUAUCUAAUGCAGAUUGACGGCUUUCAAUUUCGAGAUUAAAUAAAAAUUGUAGUAGCGUUCUCUAUCUCUACCAUUUUAAUACCGGAUAUUUUUUUCCGUUCAGAUAAAAUUAUUAGGGUAUAUGUGUAUAUACGUAAACUAUGUAGUAGUUACUAUACGUAGUCAUAGUACAAUUAUAAUAAAAACUAAGCAAUUUUUAUGUUCUCUCUCAUAAAUAAUACAAUAAGUAAAUAGUUGCGAUACUAAAGUUGACAUUUUAAACAAAGCCAUUUCUAAGAACUGUUUAAAUAAUGAAAUAGCCUUAUACCAAAUAAAUGAAGUAAUAGAAUAUAGAAUGAUUUUAUACUUUCGUGGCACAACACUUUGGCCAUACCAGAACACCAUCCCAUUAUAUUUGUGGGAUAACCAUUGCCGUAGCUACCCAGGGGCUAGGCGGGGCAGUGCCCUGGGGCCCUCAAAGCUUACCAGAAAAUCUCGAUCGAACAGAACUAUUGAAUUUUUCUUCCAUUUUCAAAAUAAAUAU